AUGAAAGCAUAUGAAUAAAUUAGUAUUUUAAAAUUGUAAACUGUUAGUUUGGAAAAAUAAAUUAGAAAAUACUUAACAUCAUAAUAAUUUUAAUGGGAGUUCAAGAUUUUGUGAUCAAAUUAAUAUGUAUUAUUAUUUUAAUAUACAGAUAGUCUUAAAAUGAAAAUAUUUAAUCAUUCUCAUAAUGAAUUAAAUUUUAAUUUAGGGGUUUGACAUCAAAAUGUACUUGUGAAACAAGUUUUGGAAUUGAUAAUUUAGUUAUUUAUUAUAGAUGA